CUUGGGAGCGGAGAGGUAGCCGGAGAUCUUUGCUAGUGAUGCAGAUAAGCUCAAGAAAUUCAAAUGACUUGGUUUCAGGGCUCUCGGCAGGAAAACGUCUGGAACUCAGGAAUGCGUGGACGAUUUUAAUUCAUAAUUCACAUGUUUACUGAGGUACCGUCGAGCCAAUAUUACAUCCCAUUGGUAAAAUAUGGCAGCUUUAAAGAAGUGGAAGCUCCCUCUGCUGGCCGUAGAUAGACUGCAUCAUUAGCAUUACACGGUAAAAAAAAAUAAAAGGCUGUGCAGUAGCCUACUGAGAAAAUAAAACAUUUUUCAGGUUGUUGUGCAAACAAACUGGAGUUUGAAGGGUUAAAAAUGGAUGGAUAUUCAAAAUAAUAGAAGAAGCAAAUCAAUCUUGGAUAGGAUUCAGCCGACCAGAUCCUUGUCUUUGUUUCACAAGUGUGCACCAACUUCACCCGCUGGGAAUAAAACCUCCCAUGCUGCACUUCUUCACAAAUCAAGCGCAGCCACACACCCACAGAACGCCCCCUCCUCCAUCAUCACCAUAGUAGUGUCAGCCUGGCCGCCGCUGCUGCAUGCGCACAGACGCACUGUGGCACAUUUCCAACAACUGCGCACGAGAAGCCCGCCGCUGGUCCACAAUUGCGGAUAUCCCCCGACACGCUGCACCUUUGACGCCGUGUCUUGCAUGUGGCAGUGAGUUGCGGCCAGCCGGGCUUCGGCAUGGCAGCAGCAGCAUGAUAAUGGUGCAAGGGUGCUUCUCCGGUCCGCCUUUGGAUGACUUUUCUUCAGAGGAAUGGGUUGUUCGUCGGCCCUAAGAACGAAUUUGGUGCGCGUGGACUCUAAUACCCUUCGUUUAUUUUUCGAGUGUACCGCUAAGCAUUUGGUACUGCUUUCUCUCUUUUCCCUUCUUCUUCUUCUUCUUCUUCUUCUGCUGCUUCUUCUUCUUCUGCUUCUUCUUCUUCUUCUUCUGCUUCUUCUUCUUCUUCUUCCCUCCCACUCGUGGCGCAGAGACGCUAAUUGGAGAGCAUCUUAAUUGAUGAAGAACAACCACAUCGGGCUUUGACCUCCACGCUUACGCUCUUUCUAUUCUGGCAUUUCUUCUCCCGUGGCGCACCUUCAGCACGUCACCUUCUUGCUCGUCCGACCUUUACAUUGCACCUUUAUUUAAGGACAAUGCCGGUGAACGCGUUGCCCCGGGCGGGCAUCAGCGGCCAGGGCUCCCUCAGCCCGGCGUCGCUGUCCCGGAGCCUCUUUCGGCUGAGGGAAUACCGGACUCGGACCCGGAUCAUGCUGGCUCUCGGAGUCUCUCAGAUGGUCCUGGGGAGCCUCAUCCUGGCCGUCAGCUUCGCAGCUCUGGCGCUCACCACGUCUCCCAGGGUGCGCCACUCUUGCCCUUUCUGGGCUGGUUUCUCCGUUCUUCUCUCUGGCCUUAUUGGUGUGGUGUCAUGGAAGAGGCCACUCUCACUGGUGAUCACAUUCUUCAUGUUGUUGUCAGCAGUUUGUGUGAUGCUCAACCUGGCAGGCUCUAUCCUCUCCUGCCAGAAUGCUCAGCUAGUCAACUCACUGGAAGAAUGUCAGCUGCUCAAGUUUGACAGCGAUGGAGUGUGUGUUUGCUGUGAGUUACAACAAGAGAGUUCAAGUUGCAACAACCUUGGAGAGACGCUGAAACUUAACCCACUGAGAGACUGCAAUACCAUACGCUUACGUCUCAAGGAGCUGCUGUUCAGCGUAUGUGCCCUUAACGUCAUCUCCACCAUUGUUUGUGCCCUAGCGACAGCCAUGUGCUGCAUGCAGAUUGUUUCUACUGAUGUCCUGCAGAUGUUUAUGCCGCACCGAACAAGAGAGCUAAAUGCUGAUUGUAUGACUCCCCAUGGAACUAUCCUCCACCAAACACUGGACUUUGAUGAGUUUAUUCCUCCCAUUCCCCCACCGCCGUACUAUCCUCCUGAGUAUACCUGCACACCAUCAAUGGAUGGCCAAAGAGGCCUGCACCUAGAAUUCCCUCAUUCACCCUUCAGUGCCAUUUAUGGAGUGCCCAUCAACAGCCCUGGCACUCUGUACCCGACUGACCUGCCCCCACCGUAUGAAUCUGUGGUGGGGCAGACCCCUGCAAGCCAGGUCACCACCAGCAUUGAACAACAGGAAUCCAGUCCGUGUGACAGAAACACAACAGCAGGAUUUAGCACUCAAGCCUCUGUCGACAGUGCAUCCCUAAUGGUGUCAGAAGUUGCUGAUCAAGACCACACUUGCUCUUCAGAGGACUUGUAUUCCCUAGAGGUCCAAGGUUCAGAUUCCUCUCCCUAUAGCACACCCCACACUGCGCUGACUGAUGGAAGCUGCACCAGCCUUGAGCUUUGUACUCGGACACGCUGCCCUCAUGGCUUCUCUAACACUGACGCCCGCCCGAGUGACACUGGAUUCAGUGAGUCCUCACAUACUCAGGAGUCCCUUGAACGCUCUCCAGACUGGUCCUCUGAAAACUAUAGCAAUUUGGACCAAGAGGAUUCUGUAGACAACUCGCGUGUAUGUGAGGAACUUAGGUCUGCCGUACACCUUUGCGAUGAGCUUGCAUCAGCCAAACAUUUGCCAGAAGAGCCGAAAGUGUCACCACACUCUCUCAUUAAAACACGAAUGAUGAACCGGAAGCUCCCACUUGCUGUCGCUCUCCCCCCACCUCCUCAGCCUUGCUCCCCCACUUCAGUGGCCUCCUCUGGUGGAACCUUAGCUAUCAGUCCAUUAGCUCCCUCUCCCUCUCCAUCUCCUCCCAGCCGGCUACGAGGUCCCCGGUUGUGCUUUAGCGUAUGGGCACCCUCCUCUAAUCCACAGCCCCCACCUACCUCAUCUCAAAGUGGACGUUCACCCGCAGAGAGGCCUCGUGUGCUCCGUGCUGCCAGGAGGUACCGCAAGCUGGCACAUAUUGUCCGGUCUACCAGUGACCCCAUCUCCUGCUCUUCUACUACUGGUAGAGAAUCUUGUGCCUCCACCUCUGCAGUUAAUGCUUCAGCUGGAGAUUCAGCUCAUACAUCACCAGAGCAAGAGCAAACGGGCAUUUCUGCAGAAGGCACUGGAGGCAAACCGAGUCAUAAAUGCACCAAGCAGCAGCAAAGGGAGAGCAGAAAAAUAGACCUCCACCUUAAAACCAGAACUCUGCAAGGACACUCCCCCCGUGAGCGACCACAGUCCCUGGCUGACCUCAAAAUGUAUAAAGACACUAAACUAUUGGUGGCCAAGUUCCUGGAGCAUUCAAGCUGCAAUUUACCUCCUGAAGUCCAGCAAGUUGUCAACAAUAUCAAGUGUGUCAUCAAGUCUGAUGAGAAACACAUGGAGGAGGCCAUAUUCAGUGCAAAUGUCAUAGAUCAGGUGAUGACCCAGUGCAUCAGUGUCAGUCCCAGGAAACGUGGCCAAGUGGAUCUUCACCUCCAAAGCUGCGGUGCUUUGAGUUCUUCCCCUUCCAUGCGCCGUCCCAAAAAUCUCCCUGAAACCACGAGUGCCAAUCCCCUGGACUCACCUUCCUUGGAACAAAGACUUGAGUGUAGGGAAACUAUUCUCUGACCACCAUCUUUAUAAGGACCUGGGUUUAAGCUAUGAGGGCAUUCCAAAGUGCUCAUUUUGCAACCACUGUGUGCUGUGCAGUAAUUCGUAAGUGGUCCAGAAUUGUGAGGUCACGUUUGCACAGUAUGACUGUGGCACAAGCAAAGGGGAAGAGGCUCAGAUUUGAUCAACAAGAGUGUGCACAGUCAUCAGCAGAAAUAGUAGCAAACUCUGACUGGGCCUGCCUGUCUGUAGUGGCUUUUUUUUUUCUCAUCAGAAAACGUUUCUCCCUCAGGGGAUUUUUAUUUUAUUUUUUUCAAUACACUGAGUUUCAUCAAAAUGAAACACAUUGCCGCUAAACUGGGAUCUGUCAUUCGCAGACAAAUAUUGUGUUACAGUAUUGGUAUUUUUCUUGUCCUUAUGUUAAACAGGAAGAAAUAUAAAUAUAAAAUAUUCAACUGUGAACUGGAGAGAAUGGGCUUUACUAGCCAAUGUUUGAAGAUUUUGUGGAACUAUUACUGAUAGGGUGGUGAAUAUUUUGUGCUGCCACUGGUUCAAGAACAUUACAAACAUUUACCUCGUGUUAUAUUUCUCAUCAGUGUUCCAAUAAAAGAUGAGUUUGUAUUUUUUUGGUUUCCUUAUUACAAUAGAAUUGGUAGAUCUUGUGCACCAAUUAGAUUAGGUUUUGGAUAAAAUAUUACAAAUAGAUACAGUUAGUAUGUAGAUAAUGAUUUUUUUAAUGAAUUUUCCAUUUCAGUGUUCCCCUGCAGUAUCCCCUGCCACGGCCCCUCAAUUGACUCUUCUCGAUCACGUGACAUAUAUCCGGCCACUGGUUACGACGGCAGCCAUUGUGGAUUGGUGCUGUUUUCGCAUUGCACCCACAAGUACAACUUGACAGUGACAAAUUAUUGCUAAUAAGUCUUUUGGAAGUUAUCAGAGAGGAUUAGAUGUUAUUUCAGGAAAGC